AUGGAUGCUAGCCAUGGGCAACCCCCGAAUACCUUUCGAAGUGCCAACGAUGCCGCCCUGUGGCCUGCCCAGCCCGUCCAGCUCGCCCGAGGACGCCAGCCGCGAGACGCGUUGGCGAGGACCAUCCCAUACAAUGUCUCGUCCAUGGACGAGUUCGAGACGUCAUUGCGUGAAUACCUGAACAGCCCGCCCGACCAGCCUGAGCACACCGAAGCCCAGCUGUCCUUCUGGAUUGGCACCAGCUUCAUGGUGCUGGCGCCCGAGUCGUCCACGUCCUCCAGCGUCAUCUCGUCGUCGCCUCAGCAGCAGCAGCAGCAGCAGCAGCAACAGCAACAACAACAACCACAACCGCCGCCGCAACCCCACGUCGCGCACCAGCAGCAUGCCCACGCACCGCCCGGCUACCAGCCUGCCAACACCAUACCGGGUCCGUAUGGCGACCCCCAGCACGCAUACCAGUCCGUGUCAGACCCCGCCAUGGCCCUGGCCCUGCCCACCUUCCCACCGUCAGUAGACUCGAAUGACGUCGCCAGUGGCAAUGGCAACACAAAGUCCGAGCACAAGGUCAGCUUGAGCAUCAUGGAGGCGCUGCAGCCCACGUCGAAUCCAAAGGAGAAGAUGCGCAAGCAGAGAGCCAUUGCAAAGUGCUGCGUCGACGCGAUACAGACCAUCGACGGCUACCGCUACAGCUUCCACAACUGCUGGAACAGCAGGGAGGACGACAGCUUCCGCUUCUCCUACUACUGCAACGACUCGCUGCUCAACAAAGACCGUGCUGCCAACGGCAAAGGUGCGAAGCUCGGCAAGCGCGCCACCAAGCCCGUCUACGACUGCAAAGGCGUCCUCUCCAUCAAGUUCUCCGCCACCAAAAACACCCUGGACGUCUUCUACAAGCACGUGCCUAUACACAAGACGUACGAGGAGCGAGCGCCUCCUCCACGCAAAGACUCGAAGCGGCGCAAGUAUCUAGAAGAGAACGACCCGGACGCGUUGCGGAGGAUCGCCAGUCGGCCAAGGUCACUCAAAGAAGACAGCGAGGAGUCUGAGGUUGCGCCGAAGCCCAAGAAGAAGAAGCUGCAACCAGAGGCUCCAAAGCCGUCGAAUACCUCCCUCGAGAGCGACCUGAGAGCGCAGAGCCUACGAUCCCUACUGGAACUAAUUCAAGUCGACCCACCUGGCCCAACAGAACCAACUCCUCCAGAACCGCCUCCGCCCCCGCCUCUACCUCUGCCCCCACAGCAGCUCAUAGUCGUCCCGGAAGCCCCUACCCCACAAGUCCAACCCCAGCCACCGCAACAACGGAAGCGGCCGAGGAAUAGCUGUGACAUCUGCAAAGCUAAAAAGACAAAGUGCGACGGCACAAGACCUGUGUGUCAGACGUGUAUCGACAAAAAGCGACAAUGCUUCUACUCGGAGCUAGCCAACGGAGAGGACCAGCGUAAGCCAUUCGAGGCCAACGAAACGGUGCGCCACGCGCAAGUUGCGAACGAAAUUUCAGAGUUGGACAAAAUGAAGAGAGAACUAGACGAAGCUAAGGCGAGGAUUCAAGAACUAGAGUCGGAGAAGCGAGCUUCGUCUACUCCUAGUCAGACACCACAGCUGGCAUCACGACCUCAGUCUCAACCGCAAGCCCAGGCGCAACCGCAGUCUCUACAUCGCGCUCAGAUAUCGCACCCACAAACGCAGCAUGCAGCACAACAGCAACAGCAACAGCAACAGCAACAGCAACAGCAACAGCAACAGCGUCAACAGCCUCCGCCCAACCACCGGCAGCAGCUUCAGCAGCUCAAUCAGACCAACCAGCGCGGACUCCGCAGCCCACAGCAGAUGGCGUACAAGCUAGAUGUACAAUCCCCGCAACAGCAACAGCGGCUUCAAACUCCACAGCAGCCACUACAAGCCCCGCAACAGCAGAUGCAAGCUACCCAGCAGCAACUUCAAGUCGCUGCGGCGCAACAGAUGCAGCCAAGCCAAACCGUCCAGCUCCAGACACCACAAAGCUACUUUGCCGCCACUCACUCUGCAUACGGCACCCUCAAUCGGCCGAUGCCACAGAACGGCUUACCCGCCCAGAAUACAAUGUCUGCGCAGAACCAAAUGACCCAGAACACGAUUGCUACCCAGACUACCCAGCAUCUCCCGCAGACGCAGCCCCAGCCCCAAGCCAACCACCAAAUCCACGCGACGAGCACGGGUCUUACGCCCACCGCGCCAUCUGUCGAUGCAAACAAUCCAUAUGCCCGAGGCGACUUUGCCUGGCCGUACUAUGGGUACCAGAAUGCGCAACAGCAACAGCAGGAUCAGUGGGCUGCAGCGCGCGGGUCCAGUGUUUUUCGAUAG